AUGGCUCCAAGAACUAACAUCAACCAGAACGCACGUACCAAUGGAUCAACAUCUAGGCCAUUGAUCAACGCAGUCAACACUGGGCGUAUAGAAUCAUCAAAUCCAAUGAUUGCUCCUAGACCAGAAAAUAUGUCAAUUCCAGUGUCAGAGUUUAAUGAUGUAGUCAGUCUUCUCGCUACACUCAAUGACAAAAUGACAGCCGUUAGUUCUGAUGUUAGUGAAUUGAAAGUACAAUGCCAGGUGGGUGCUCAAUCGACUGGCAUGCAAGCCGUUCUGGAUUCUGAUAUGGAUCCUCAGGACAUCAUAAGCAGCUCAAGACACCCAAAGAUCUCAAGUAUUAUUUGGGGGCGGUUAAGAGAUAUUAAUCUUAAGAUAGAUGAUUUGGAGUUGAUCAGAGAGAAUGAUGAUAAACCAACUUGGGAUAUCAAUGUUGGUUUGUCUGACGAGUUUAACAAGAAUCUUGCAAGUGAUUUGAUGCUUUACAUUCGUCGUCAACCUGUAGCAGCCAUGGUACCACCAAAAGAGCUAUGUGGUAUAAUUGUAAACAGCUAUUACAAUCGCUUGGCUACUAUAUGUGGUAUUUCAGAGUGUAUUUACUGCUUAACUAGUGUCGGUGUUACAAUUAUGACAUCAAGUCAUAAAUCAGCUUUAGGACUUCCUACUAAAUUAGCUCCAUAUCGAUCUGACACAGUUUACCCGGCACUUAAUAAAAGGAGAAAAAGAACGUACACAAAGCAUAAGGAUGCCGUCACUGAAAAGUUUAAUUGGGAUUAUAAUGGCGUUUUUUACAGAGAUGCAACGUCUGGUGAUGAGACAGAAACCAAUACUUCUGUUGUUGCAUCUCGUCCUGAUUGGCGUAGUGAUGAGUUGAAUACCGUGUUUAACUUUCUUGAUGAGCUUGCCAGAGAUGACUUGGGAAAAAGAGCAACGCAGUUGAAGUCGCGGAGUCAUGUGUUAGUACACGAGACAAUUCCUUGUGGCUUGGUCACAAAAAUGCCUACGUGGUCAAAACGCGUAUAA